AUGCCACCUAAAACUAGAAGAAAUGAGCUUAGUUCAUAUCAGCUCAAAGUAAUUGAUAAUACAUAAAACUAAUAGGAAGAAGGGAACAAGGCUUUUCUGAAUAGUGAAUAUGAUAAAGCACUUGCUCUAUAUACAAAAGCCAUUUGUAAGAAUUGUCUUUAUAGUUUUUAGAGAUUGAAGAAAAUCCCAUCUACUUUAAUAAUCGUUCCUAAGCAUAUUUUUAUUUAGAUGAUUUAGAAUUAGCCCUCUAAGACUGUAAUAGAGCCUUAUUGUUAAAUCCAAAUUAUAUCAAGGCCUUAUUAAAUAAAGCUUAAAUUCUUUAUGAAAUGGGUUACAUUCAAGUAUCUAUUUGAUCUUAACUAGGAUGCUAUUUAAUGUUUAGAAUCUUCAGGCAAUCAUACAUCAGAAAUUGAGAAAUAAUUGAAUUAUUAUAAAACAUUAGCUCUCUAAGUAAAACUGAUAUUUCAAUAAGUCUUCGAUUGAUUCAGGAGAGCUCGAUAAAUAGAAGAGACUUUUAGAAUGGCUUAAGAAUGGAUAGGCACUUUUCCCUAAAAUAAAGAUUGAAUGUUAUGCUGAAGAUUAUCGAGGAGUCAAUGCAAGGAAAGCAAUAAGUUCAAAAGAAGUCAUCCUUUUCGUUCCUAGAUCUCAUAUGAUAACUUUAGAAAUGGCAAAAGAAACACCAGUAGCUAAAAAAAUAAUUCAAUAUAGACUUGAUUUAUUAUCACCAAAACACUCAUUUCUCUCAACUUUUUUAUUAUAAGAAAAGAAAAAAUAGGAUUCAUUUUGGAAACCAUAUUUGGAUGUUCUUCCAAAAUCAUACUCUAAUUUUCCAAUCUUUUUUAAUGAUAAUGAUUUGGAUUGGUUAAAAGGAUCUCCUUUUUUAAGUAUUAUACAUUUUUAUUAAUAUUUAUAGAAUAAGUCAAAGAUAAAAUUACAGAUUUGAAAAAAGAUUAUUGUGACAUUUGUUAAGUAGCUCCAGAAUUCCUUUAAAAUUCAUUUGAUGAAUUUUGUUGGGCCAGAAUGACUGCAAGUAGCAGAAUAUUUGGUAUUAAUAUUAAAGGAGUUAAAACUGAUGCUUUUGUUCCUCUUGCAGAUAUGCUUAAUCAUAAGCGUCCUAAAUUAACAUCUUGGUGUUAUUCUGAUGAAAGAUAAGGAUUUAUCAUAGAAACAGAUGAAAACAUUGAAAAAGGUUAAAUGAUUUUUGAUAGCUAUGGCAGUAAAUGUAAUUCAAGAUUUUUACUCAAUUAUGGUUUUGUUGUUGAUGAUAACAAUGCAAAUGAAGUAAAUGUGAUUGUUGAACCAGAUGGACCUAUUCCAUUGAUUUAAUUAAAAGAAGGACUAAUAAGAGAUAUAUUAUAAUUUCCAAAAUCUUUUAGAUUAGUUAUUGAUCCAGAUGGUAUGUUAAUCUUUAGUAUUAUUUUAGAUGUAAAUUUUUCUGAUUUUAUGAGUUUCAUUAGAUUCAUUCUUAUUAAAGAUGAAAAUGAAUUCAUAAAUCUAUAAGGAAAAAAUUCUUAUAUAAAACCUACUAAAAUCCCCUUUAUUGGAAUAAAAAAUGAAUUAGCUAUGUGGAAUUUCAUUGAAAAUAUAUGUAUCCAUGCUCUUAAUCAAUAUCCAACAAAUUUAGAUGUAAGAUUUUUAUUUUAUUUUUAAGUAAGACUUAGAAAUACUAAAGAUAUGUGAAUUGACAAUUAAUCAAAGGAAUUGUCUAAUAUUACGAAUUGGUGAAAAAAAAAUACUUAACUUUUAUAAAUAAUUCAGUGAAAAAAUGAAAAAGUUAUUUUUAAAUUUUGAUUUUUUUGUAAGCUAUUUUAUUUUUAUAAAUAGGAAUUAAAAAAAUUCCAAUAAAUUCAAGAAAAUUAUCAUUACUUCAAUUAUUUAAACAGGAUUAAUAAUUAUCUAAAAAUUCAAAACUGA